AUGGGGCGGUAUUCGGUCAAGAGAUACAAGACCAAGCGGAGAACGAGGGACCUGGACCUCAUACACAGCGAUCUGUCCACCGCAGAGUCGAUUCAGAGUCUCAAGCACCAGCCUCAGGACGAGACAAAGCCUGGCCUGGGCCAGUAUUACUGCAUCCACUGUGCAAAGUACUUCCUCGAUAACAAAGCCCUAGGCGCGCACUUGAAGGGCAAAGUUCACAAAAGAAGGGUUAAGGACCUGAGUAAACUCCCGUACACUCAGCUGGAGGCGGAGGCUGCCGCAGGAACCAAUUUGAACAAGUAUAUCGAAAAAGUGAACGAGUACCAGCAGAAAGAACCUGCCCGUGUGGAGCUGGAAAAACACCUACUGAGCACGCAGCUGGAGGAAAAUGAUCAGAAGGACAGCAUGGCGCAACAGGAGCUUGCUGGAGAAAUGGCUGUGGAAUAA